AUGGCUAUGUGUUGGAUCACUUCACUUCCAGAAGAUGUUAUUAUAGAAUGUGUGGCUCGUGUACCUAGACGUUACUAUCCCUCUCUUUCUCUGGUUUCGAAGUUCUUUCGAUCUCUUAUAGCAUCGCCACAACUAUACGCGAGACGAUCUCUCUUGGACCGCACCGAAUACUGUCUCUAUGUUACCAUUUAUUCACACGACGAUGAUUACGACCGUUUGUAUACUCUACGUCAGAAAAUCAACUCUAGUGGAGAUUAUUGCUUGGUCCCUAUCCCAUCACUCCCUCCAAUGCCUUCAUCUGGCAGCUACGUGGCUGUUGGUUCAAAGAUCUACAUAAUGGGCGGAUCUUGCUUUGAAGUCUCAUCUAAUGCAUUAACACUCAUCGAUUGCCCGCUCCACAUGGCAAAUCAUCAUCUCCCUAACAUGCCAAGGGCAGUCGCUAGUUCGGUCUCUGGCUAUAUAAACGAGAAAAUAUAUGUCAUUGGAGGAUGUCGUUCACGUUUCCCAGUGUUUUCAGAGGGGCCCAUGGAUGUUAUGGUGUUUGACGUAAAAUCUGAAACUUGGGAGUCCAAAACAAGACCAGACAAUCUGGUGUUCGAUUGGUAUUCUAAUAGUGCAGUGACGUGGGAUGAUAAGAUUUAUUUCAGGGUUUUAAAGCAUGGCUUUGUUUACGAUCCGAGUCAAGAUAAAAUGGAGAAAGACGACAUGUUAAAAUCUUAUCAUUGGGUCGGUAGUGAAUGUGUUAUCGAGAGAGUAUUGUACUACUAUUCUACAGCUUCGAAGAUUUUAAGAAGUUAUGAUUUAAAAGAAAGGUGUUGGAAAAGGGUCAAGGGUGAGAUAGGAUUGAGCGGAACUACUUGUGCACGCACGGUGACGUACGAUAAGAAGGUGGUUGUGAUUUUCGAGAAAGAUAUUGAUCGGAAUAAAGUAGAACUUUGGUGUGCUGAGAUCAAACUAGAAAGGGAUGAACAAGGAGAGAUUUGUGCAAGACUUGAUUGGUGUGGUUGUGUGUUUGAGGGACACUCUAGAUUGAUGAAUUGUCUAGUUCUUAAGUUUUGA